AAACGCGACUGAGAAUUCGACUGCUAAGAUCUGUGACUGUCAAAAUUGAAAAUUGGGAAGUGAAAUUAGGAAUAUACGAUACGUUGUCAGCAAGUCAAAUUCCAUAAAUGGGUAGCUCUGAGUCAUCACAAGUAGACAUGAAUUCUCCACAGGCAGAAUUUGUGAAAUCAAAGAUAUCAGACAAUUGUGUGGUAGUUUUCUCAAAAACGACUUGCCCAUAUUGCUCAAUGGCCAAGAGGACUCUUGAUUCAGUGGGGGCCAAAUAUGAACUGAUUGAGUUAGACAGAAUAGAGGAUGGAAGCAAUAUGCAGGACAUUUUGCUGACUAUUACUGGUGCCCGAACGGUUCCACGAGUAUUUAUUGGAGGGAAAUGUAUUGGCGGAGGUUCAGAAACAAAGAGUCUUCACAGCUCUGGUAAACUGGUACCCAUGCUGCAGGAGUGUGGUGCCAUAGUGGUGCAAUAGCGACAUAGUAAACAGUGGAGUGAACAGGUCUUUUUGAUAUCUUCUCAAAUAUCUCUUGUUCUCAUCAGCUAUACAUGUGGCAGUGCAGUAUAAAACUCUGGGGUGUACAGGUCCCUCUCACUUUUUCUCGCAUAUGUCGCAUGUUUUCGUCAUGGAAGUCCUUUGUAAUAUAUUUUUGUAGUAAAGUGCAUUGACAUGUAUUGUACACAACCUGACCCUGUAAACCACACAACCUGUCUCACCAUAAUUAUCAAGAAAUUGUUGUAAUGUUUAAGAUUCUUGCCAUUGGAUUGAUACAUUAAAAGUAAAAUCUGUUAAAUGGCUUUCCAUAGGUCAUAAUGUUUGGUCAUUAUUUAUUUAUUUAUUUGAUUGGUCUUUUACGCUGCACUCUUAUAUGACGGCGGCCAGCAUUAUGGUGGGAGGAAACCAGGCAGACCCCAGCGGAAACCCACAACCAUCCGCAGUUUGCCUACACGCCUUCCCACGUAUGGCCGGAGAGGAAGCCAGUGUGAGCUGGACUUGAACUCACGGCAACCGCAUUGGUGAUAGGCUCCUGGGUCAUUGCCCCGUGCUAGCGUUCUAACCGCUUCAGCCACUUUUUCGUCAUUAAGAUGACCUCAAAAUAACCAGGUCACAAGAAAUAUAAUGUGCAGGAUGAAUCUGUGACACAUAGGUGACUGUUUGUUGUAUUAUAUCCUUGUUCUUUUGAAAUGUCAUAAAUGAGAUCUGAAACAUUUCCGAGCUUUAUGUUAUAUUGGAUGACCUCAAUUUUUGUUGAGGUCAUCACUUAAAAUAGCUUGAAAUAUCAAACACUGUUACCCCAGGCCUGUUUUCUACAUUGCAGACCAUUUUAAUCAAUGAUGUCAAUUUUUCUCAUAAAGAUUCUUUUAUACAGUGGUAAAACUGUAGUCUUGUUUUCUAUGGAGUACAUCUUUCAUCAUGUUCACCACGUAUUGUGUCUAUACAAACAGGUGUAUCAUGUACCAGUGACAGGUGUAUCAUGUAUGAGUAACAGGUGUAUCAUGUACAAGUGACAGGUGUAUCAUGUAUGAGUGACAGGUGUAUCAUGUACGAGUAACAGGUGUAUCGUGUACGAGUAACAGGUGGGUUAUGUACGAGUGACAGGUGUAUCAUGUACGAGUGACAGGUGUAUCAUGUACAAGUGACAGGUGUAUCGUGUACGAGUGACAGGUGUAUCAUGUACCAUUGACAGGUGUAUCAUGUACAAGUAACAGGUGCAUCGUGUACGAGUGACAGGUGUAUCAUGUAUGAGUGACAGGUGUAUCAUGUACCAGUGACAGGUGUAUCAUGUACCAGUGACAGGUGUAUCAUGUACCAGUGACAGGUGUAUCAUGUACUAGUGACAGGUGUAUUAUGUACGAGUAACAGGUGGGUCAUGUAUGAGUGACAGGUGUAUCAUGUACGAGUGACAGGUGUAUCAUGUACGAGUGACAGGUGCAUCAUGUACAAGUGACAGGUGUAUCAUGUACGAGUGACAGGUGUAUCAUGUACCAGUGACCGGUGUAUCAUGUACCAGUGACAGGUGUAUCAUGUACCAGUGACAGGUGUAUCAUGUACUAGUGACAGGUGUAUCGUGUACGAGUAACAGGUGGGUCAUGUACGAGUGACAGGUGUAUCGUGUACGAGUGACAGGUGUAUCGUGUACGAGUGACAGGUGUAUUAUGUACAAGUGACUUCUGUAUUUCACCUAAUGUUGGGCCUGUAAACAGGAGCACUUUCAGAAGCACAUAAUGGUCUUAAUGUAAUACUGUGAUGACAAACCUAAAGUGUUUCUCAUAAGAAUUUAAUCAAACUUCACCCCAAAAAAAAGUGGCCAUAUAAGGUUGAUACUCAGAAUCACUUUUGGGUGAAAUAGAGUUAUACAGUUCCUGAAGCCACUUGAAGCCUCUAGUUCUUAGUCAGUUGUAAAAACAAAAAAUAGUUCCAUGGAAUUUUUUAAAAGCCAUUUUGUCUCUACAUCAAAAUAAAUUGAAUAAAUCAUUAUUUUUUUUUCAUCUGUUUUCAUUUACAUAAUAUAAACUGAAGGUUUAUGAAACUGAAAUAUUCAAUAUCUGGUAUCUCCAAUUGAUGUUCAUGUGAUCUGUAAAACUUUUCAGUAGAAUUAAAAGAUUUAUCCAGCAAAACUAUAGAUAUCUCUAAAUGUCUCCCUACCAAGUUCCAUUGUAAGCAUGUAAUCAAACUGACAAUAUGUACAUGAAAUACUUAACAUGAAGUGUAUCAGUUUCUUUGUUACCAGCACUGUACAUGAAUGUGAUCAUGGCCUUUGGGUUGUGAGAUUGUGUAUGGAUAGUAAUAUACCACAUUUUUACCAAUACCUGUUUGCUCAGUGAUGGAUAUUUAAAUUUACCUGAGUGUACUCACAAUCACUUCAAUAAAAUU